CAACACUCUGAAUUUCUCCAAUCCCUCCUUCCACGUGACUUCCUGAAUCCCCACUCACGAAACACCCAGCCAUUCAGCCAGCUGCCCAGCAACACACUUUAAACCCAGACCCACCACCACCACCGACGACCAUCCCCGAUUGAAAGAAACACAAACACCAACACAACAUUCUCCACUUUCCACUUCACAAUGCCACUUACCAACCCACUCCUCCUCCUCCUCCUCCUGUCUUCCACCACCCUCACCACCUGCCUACUUGAGCAAACAACAGAACUUCUCUCACCAGACGUAGUUUCCAUUCUCUCUUUCAAAUCCAAAGCUGACUUAGACAACAAACUCUUCUACACACUUAACGAACGUUUUGACUGUUGUCAAUGGCAAGGCAUCAAAUGUGCUCAAGGCCGUGUUGUUCGUGUUGCCCUUCAAUCCUCGGGUCUGCGUGGCACUUUUCCUCCCUUCUCUCUUUCCCGGCUCGACCAACUUCGUGUGCUUUCUCUUCAAAACAACACUCUAUCAGGUCCAAUACCCGACUUGUCCCCACUUUUUAACUUAAAAUCUCUCAUUUUAAACCAUAACUCUUUCUCUGGUUUUUUCCCUCCUUCCAUUCUAUUACUCCAUAGAUUAACAAUUCUUGACCUUUCUUACAACAAUCUCAACGGACCAAUUCCUGUGAACUUAUCUUCUUUAGGCCGCUUAAAGUUGCUUAAACUCGAGUUUAAUCAGUUAAACGGGACUGUCCCUUCGUUAGACCUUGGACUUCUUUUUUUCUUUAAUGUUUCUGGUAAUAACCUUACCGGCCCGAUCCCUUUGACCCCUACAUUGUCACGUUUUGACACUUCUUCUUUCUCCUUAAAUCCUGAUCUUUGCGGAGAGAUUAUUAACAAGUCAUCUAAGCCACGGUCUCCGUUCCUUGACUCGUCAGCUUCUCCAAAUGCUAUUACGCCAUCAGGAGUGCCGUUCGGACAAAGUGCUCAAGCUCAAGGUGGGGUUGUAGUAUCUAUAACUCCGCCUUCGAAGCAAAAACAUGAUAGAAGUAUUGUUGUUUUAGGAUUUACUAUUGGGGUUUCCCUUUUAGUACUUUCUUUGCUGUGCAUUGGUUUUGUUCUGGUCAAGACACAGAAGAAAGAAAGACGAGUUGAAGAGAAAGAACAAGCAAUGACCGGGACUAGUUCUCCGGUGAGGAUUCAUUCGAAACCUGCAAUGCAAAGUGAAGUUGGAGAGAAGGGUCAUGAGACUAUAAAUACGGAAGCAAAAGAAGGGCUGGUUCAGCAAGUUAGGAGAGCAGAGAGGAGCGGGAGUUUAGUAUUUUGUGGAGGGAAAGCACAGGUUUAUACAUUAGAGCGGUUAAUGAGGGCAUCUGCUGAGUUGCUAGGGAGGGGUACGAUUGGAACUACAUAUAAAGCUGUUCUUGAUGAUCAAUUGAUUGUCACAGUGAAACGGCUUGAUGCUGGUAAGACUGCAAUAACUAGUAGUGAUGUGUUCGAGAGGCAUAUGGAUGUUGUAGGUGAGCUGAGACACCUGAAUCUGGUGCCAAUCGUUGCUUAUUUUCAAGCUAAAGGAGAGAGGCUUGUUAUCUAUGAUUAUCAACCCAAUGGCAGUCUCUUCAAUCUCAUUCAUGGUUCAAGAUCUACGAGGGCGAAGCCGCUUCAUUGGACAUCAUGCUUAAAGAUAGCAGAAGAUGUGGCAGAGGGUCUUGCCUACAUCCACCAAAUGUCGAAUCUUGUCCAUGGCAACCUGAAAUCCGCCAAUGUCCUCCUUGGAGCUGAUUUUGAGGCCUGCAUCACAGAUUACAGCCUUGCCUUGCUUGCAGACACUUCUUCUAGUGAAGAUCCUGAUUCUGCAGCAUGUAAAGCACCUGAGACUCGCAAGUCAAGCCACCAAGCCACUGCCAAGUCUGAUGUCUAUGCAUUUGGUGUCCUAUUACUGGAGCUUUUGACAGGUAAACAUCCAUCACAGCAUCCAUACCUUGUGCCCGCUGGUAUGUUGGCCUGGGUCAGGGCAGUGAGAGAUGAUGGUGGCGGGGAUGACAACCACCUUGGAAUGAUUACUAAACUUGCUUGCAUUUGUCGCUUGACCUCACCAGAACAGAGACCGGCAGCGUGGCAAGUGUUAACGAUGAUACAAGAGAUCAAGGACUGUGUGAUGGUGGAAGAUAAGGCAGCUGUUGGAAAUUCGUAGUUCCUUCGUCUGCUUUCACACUAGUGAAAGCAUAGAAAGAAACAGUAAGUCAAGGGAUCAGAACUGUCCUUUUGGAAGAUAUGUACCCACUUGAAGGAUAAUGGAAAGAGAAUGACGAUGCAAGCUAUAAGAAAUAACAUAAAAUGUUUACAACAUAAUUGUUAUUUAUCUAUAUUAUUGUGAUUUUUGUAUGUUGUUAUGCUUUUU